AUGAAGCCAGCUGCUAUAAAACAUCGGCACCACUUGAUCCUGCAAGCGGUGCUGUGCGCAGGCGCUACCGGCGGAGACCCGUCCCCACCGCGUGGGGCGUCCCGAAGGUUGGCGGGGCAUGAGGCGACGGUCUCCAGCUUCCCCUCCUCCACCCAGCUGCGCCCGCUGAGGAGGCACGAGCCCCCGCCAGGCCCCCACACCCCAGCACCGCCGGACCAUGUACUCAGCCCACAGGCCCCUGAUGCCCCCGUCUGGCGCGGCCUCCCGUGGCCUGGGCAUGUUCGAGAUUUCCAAGGAAACUCUAUUUCUUACAUUGAUGAAAAUACAUGGAAGCCAUACCGCCUGACUGAGAAACUAAUUCUCAGUCAUAAUCCUUUGACAACAGUUGAAGAUCCUUAUCUUUUAAAAUUGCCAGCAUUAAGAUAUUUAGACAUGGGAAAAACACACGUCUCACUUACAACAAUUGAAAGAAUCCUCUUUAUGACCCCUGAAUUGGAAAAACUGAUCUUACCUAGCCAUAGGACCUGCUGCCUCUGCCAAUUUAAAACUACUAUUGAAGUUGUCUGCAAGACAGUCAAGCUGCACUGUGACAGUGACUGCCUGGCAAGCACCACACGUUGUGAUGAAGAGGCAUCGGUAGGGAAUGCAGAAGGAUCGUUCAUGAAGAUGUUACAAGCCCGGAAUAAAAGCACCAGCACCGAGCUGAUUAUUGAGCCAGAGAAGGCGUCCUCGGACAGACGUGGUGUCAGCCUGUCAGCCUUCGCGAAUAAGCAGCUGACAGAAGAAGUUCCAGGAUAUAGGUAUAAGAAAAAACCCAUCUUGGUAACAGCUGUGCCUAUAGUACAGAUUAUCUUGAUUAUAAUUUUCUGCCUUAUUAAGAUUUGUCCUUACAGAACAGCAGCAAAGGGCGGUAAUAAAGGAAGCAUAAGGAGGGCUUUUUCUGGAGAAGGUGGCCACUUUGGCUCACAGACAAUGUAUAGACCUCUCAUAGCCACGCACGAGGAAAAUAUGGCACAGAAGCUACAUGAUGGGGAGUCUUCUGAAGAGGAAGAGAUUUUCAGUAAGGAUGCAAGACUGGCCACCCAAAACUCAGCACGUGCUGCUGUGCAUUCGCCCCAUAAGCUGCAAAGGGGCUUUGCCAAGUGGAGCCAGGAUUUGUACCAGGUCUGUCUGAUGUUGAAUUGUGCAUCCACUGCCUCCCAUAGAGACCUCACAGAAGAAAGGGCUACACGGGUUAAACAUCAAAACAGCAGUCCACCAGGUCUAGAGUUGGUACCUAAUACCUGUGGAAUGAAUGAAUGAAUUAAGUGAAAACUUCUAGACUCUCCUGAGAGUGCAGCUGAAGAAAAAGAAACUACAACUAAAGAAAUUUGGAACAGAAAGGAGUGCUGAGAAAUAAACCAAGAAAUCCAGUUUAAUGCCCUUAAAUUGUCUCCCACACUUCCUAGUAUAUUGUAUCUGGUAGGCUUCAAUAAAAAGUAUACAGCGCACGUAGUAGGUGACCAAUACCAAUGAACUAAGAUCAUUCUUCUUUUU